AUGUCCAUCACCGAGCCUUUUCAGACUCUUUUCGCCGUGCCUAUGAGGUGCGAUGCCUGUGUCAAGGACGUUUCAGAUACUCUCUACAGACUCCAAGGAAUCACAAAGGUCGACGCCAACCUCAAGGACCAGUUGGUCCUCGUCGAGGGCACAGCUGCGCCAUCGGCCAUUGUGAAAGCCAUCCAGUCUACGGGGAAGGAUGCCAUCCUUCGCGGGUCUGGUGCAUCGAACAGUGCCGCUGUAAGCAUCCUGGAAUCAUUCCAUGAGGCCGAGGAUGCAGAGUCCCAAAAGGCCCAGAGGAGUGUAAGGGGAUUGGCGAGGAUGGUGGAACUGUCCAAGACACUCACCCUCGUGGAUCUGGCCGUGAGUGGUGUAUCAGCCGGGUCGUACCGAGCUACGAUACGGGAGUACGGCGAUCUCAAGGAUGGUGCCACAUCGACGGGCCCAGUUUGGGGCUCUUCCGCUCUCAAAGCCAACGGGGCUACGGCGUCGGGCGAAGGGCCGAAGGGAUUCCUAGGCACCAUCGAGGUCGGCCAAAAUGGCGAGGGCAGCGGGUUCAUCACGCACCCUUUCCAGGUGUGGGAGGUCAUUGGUCAUGCCAUGGUGCUUACUCGGCAAGACGAUUCCGCGGGUCCCUUGAAGAAUGAUGAGGAUACUCUCACGGGCAUCAUCGCGAGGAGUGCGGGUAUAUGGGAGAAUGAUAAGACCGUGUGUUCGUGUUCUGGAAAAACGCUUUGGGAGGAGAGGCAGGAUGAGGUAAAGAAGGGCAUGUUUUAA